AGCCCAAUAAUCAUACGACACCGUUUUGCAACAUCUCAGUCUACACUCAACACAGAGUCCUGAAUCAACAGGCGACUGAAACCCUCAACUCGAAACCCUACAAACCCUACAAUAAUGGAGACCGAAGAAGAAGCAUCCGGAACGAUGACCGACGAGAUCUACACGAACGGCGGCGACGACGAACCGUUAUCACAGCAGCAGCAACGGCGGCCGAUCAUCAGCGGCGAACAACUCGACAUCGAGGCGUACGCCGCCUUAUACACCGGCCGUACGAAAAUCUCGCGGUUAAUGUUCAUCGCCGAUAAAUGUGAUAACGUUUCGAUGCAGUUAGAGGCGCUUCGAAUGGCGUAUGAAGAGAUUAAGAAGGGAGAGAACACACAGUUGUUUAGAGAAGUUGUUCAGAAGAUUGACGGGCGGUUAGGUCCGAAUUAUGGUCCGGAUUCGGGUUGGAUGGAUGCGGUGGAUCGUAGAGCGGAUCAGAGGAAGGAGAAGCUUGAGAAUGAGCUUAAUGCUUACAGAACAAAUUUGAUUAAAGAGAGCAUAAGAAUGGGGUACAAUGACUUUGGAGACUUCUACUAUGCCCAUGGUGCGCUUGGGGAUGCGUUCAAGAAUUACGUUCGAACCCGUGAUUAUUGCACAACUUCCAAGCACAUCAUACAUAUGUGUUUGAAUGCAAUUUUGGUCAGCAUUGAGAUGGGCCAAUUUGCGCAUGUUACAAGCUACGUCAGUAAAGCCGAGCAAAACAAAACGGAUCUUGAUGCCAUCACGGUUGCUAAACUACAGUGUGCUGCUGGACUUGCUCACCUGGAGGCUAAGAAGUACAAGCUUGCUGCCCGCAAGUUCUUGGAAACAGCUCCAGAAUUGGGAAACAACUACUCAGAAGUUAUUGCAGCUCAAGAUGUUGCAACAUAUGGUGGACUUUGCGCUCUUGCAAGUUUUGACCGUGCAGAGCUGAAGGCAAAAGUAAUAGACAAUAUUAACUUUCGUAACUUCCUAGAGUUGGUGCCCGAAGUGAGGGAGCUUAUCCAUGACUUCUAUUCAAGCCACUAUGCCUCGUGUUUAGACUACCUCGGGAACCUUAAAGCAAACCUGCUGCUGGACAUCCAUUUGCAUGACCAUGUUGAGAUGCUUUAUACUCAAAUCCGUAACAAAGCCUUAAUUCAGUAUACUCAUCCGUUUGUAUCGGUUGAUCUGAACAUGAUGGCCGAUGCUUUCAAAACGACUGUAGCGGGGCUACAAAAAGAACUCGAGGCUUUAAUUACCGACAAUCAAAUUCAGGCAAGAAUCGACUCGCACAACAAAAUUCUGUAUGCUCGUCAUGCAGAUCAAAGGAAAGCAACUUUCCAACGAGUUUUACAGACAGGGGUUGAGUUUGAUCGAGAUGUUAGGGCCAUGUUGCUAAGGGCAAAUCUCAUCAAACAUGAUUAUAACCUCAAGGCAUCAAGGAAGAUUUGAAACCCUUAUAUUGCAUACGUUCAAAGUGUUUUAUCGUUUUAGAAAAAAUCUUGAAAUGAAAUGCAAUCACAUGGUGUCGGUUCUUUUAGGGAUCUUGUUUUGAUCAUGUUUAUGUUGUAAAAACCCAAGAGAGGUGUUUGGGGUUCUUGGAUAAGACUUGUAUGUUGCAUGAUCUCAGGUUAAGAUUGGUGUUUAUAAGUUCAGAAUUGGAUUGGAUUUGCAGCGUUAUGAAGUUUAUUAUACUGUUGAUGAA